CAGUGGAAAUGCAAAAUCCAAAAUGGCGACCGCCGACAAAGAAGCUGUGAAUUUCCCAAUUGAGACAAACUUUCAAGAAUCUUCAGAGCAGUGCUGUACUAGGUUUCAAGUAGAACUCGAGUUCGUUCAGUGUUUAGCCAACCCACAUUACCUUACAUUUCUUGCACAAAGAGGCUAUUUAAAGGAACAAACUUUCAUCAACUACUUGAAGUACCUUUUAUACUGGAAGAAGCCAGAGUAUGCCAAGUUUUUGAAGUAUCCUCAGUGCUUACAUUUCCUUGAGCUACUUCAGUAUGAGCACUUCCGCAGAGAAUUGGUCAAUCCACCAUGUGCCAAGUUUAUUGAUGAACAGCAAAUACUACACUGGCAGUACUACUCACGCAAACGUAUGCGAGUUGCCCCACCUAGAUCACAAACCCCAUCUCAGAGUGAUGCUCAACUUAGAUGAAAAGAGUGAUGCGCAACUUAGUUGAUGAAAUACUACACUGGCAGUACUACUCACGCAAACGUAUGCGAGUUGCCCCGCCUAGAUCACAAAGAUCAUAUAUCAGAGUGAUGCUCAACUUAGUUGAUCAAUUGCUGUCACUUUUAUGUUAAUAAAUGGCAGCCAAAUGAGCACGAAAGGACUCACCUAGGGUGUUUGUGCCAUACCCUGACAAGGAUAGAAAGGGGUAUAGGAGGCGAUCACCCUGUUACUCAGAGUUUUACAAAGACAUAUGGAAGGAAAUAACGUCUGCAUCUCCCCGCGUAUAAAAUAAGCAAUCGCCCCUCUCCACAGUGCUAUUUGUAUCGAUCAUCCUAGGAGAAGCAAUCAGAACAAAAUGCCCAGCUACCGGGUAGGUUUUGCUAAGAGAGUACUAAGGCAGUGGUCUUCUAGUACAUAAGAAACAUGAGAAUUCUUCACAGAUUCUGCUAGGAGAAUAAAAAUGUGAGUUAUUCAGAGAUUUUGGACUUCUGCUCAACCUCUAUUUAUGUCUUGCCAGGCGCUGAGGUCACAUGGUGACUACAGGCUCACAGAUACAGCUAGUAAUCCAGCUGAAGUAACAAUAUUCCAAAUGAAUAAUAAAGUUUUAAAACUUUGAAGUCUGUCACUCGAUACGGAAUCUGCCAUUAUUAGUUUUAGUUGGCUAUCUUGGCUAAUUCCUACUUGUCAGAUCAAGUUAAUGAUAAAAAAAAAUAGAUACCGUAUAUAUUUGUCUUUUUCAUCACAAUUAUGUUCGUAUGACUCUUUGGUCUUUUCGACAUUUACAGAUUGGGAGCGCUCUGGGAAUUAUUCCAUCAAGGAAAUAUUAGCUUUACGUAUGUUAUAAUAUAUAGCAUAAUAUUCACUAUUUUAGGAUAUAAAACUUCCUGUUUUUCGAUUGCUAUACUCAGACAUGGUAGUCUAAGACAUUUAUUUGAAUUUGAUACUUUAAUCGCUUUCAGACAUUUCAAUGAACAUUUCUUCUUAAAGUGAUUAAGAUUGAGUUUUUCCAAGUUUUAAAAGUUACAGUUAAAAAUAUCAAAUGUAGGUAGAAACAGCCAUUUAUAUGCUGCAUUAAAUAAUAAUGUCAAACUGUAAAUUAUUUGAAGGAGCAAGCAAACGGUUUUCAGCUAAUUUUACAUCGAGUCAUUAUUGAAAUAAAAAAUUAGCAAACAGCUAUCGUACUACUGCAUUUAUGAUAAAACAAAUAUUACUGUUAGAAAUGUCAUCAAGUUUAUUCAUUAAAAGUGUUAGCUAUUAAUAAACAUAUUUCAAUCAUU